AUGGAGCAGGCACAACCCGUGACCACGAGUUCGCGUGGAGCACGAGCACGCCCUCACAAUCCAACAGAGCAGGCACAACCCGCGAGGGAGUUUAUUCUUGCUCCUACUGCUGUCCGCCAGAAGCCUGUACCUUCUGCUGAGGUUCCUCCAUGUGUCGACAAUUCUUUUGUCAGCCGUGAGCAUUCUAGCAGUCCCGCAGCAAGUAUUAGUUCGAUUUCCACUGUAUCGGAUCUGUCUAGUACCCCAAACUCGUCUCCGUUCAAACUACCGGUACAAUCACAAGUCAUGUCAACCAGUCUCCAAGAUGUUGAGCCGAAUAUUGGACAACUGAUGACUACGGUAUUUGAUUUCACGGACCUCAGUGACUUGGAGGGCUCCGCUGUUACUGCCUCCGACGCAUCAGUUAUGGAGCGCAAUGCUGUUCACCAUGCAACCCCGGGUUCUUCUGAAACUACUAGUAGGGCUAAUCCCCCAAGUUUUACGACAAGUGUUGUUCGUGUUAUUCCUUUCCCACAAACUCAAUAUUCCGAUGUCAUCGGACAGUUUGGGUUGGGUGCAUUUCACCCACUCUUGAGUGGAAGAGAUCGAAGGCUGGCUGGUGAUGACACACCACCAUCAUACACUGACUCUGUUGCAGCAGGGGAGGAAUAUGUUUAUGCUGUGACGAGGCCAGACUUAGGUUAG